GGUCGGGAAAUCCAAGAUGGAGACUUCCAUUUGAGUUCUUCGCAAGUCUUUGAUAUCCCGCUGCGGCCCAUUCUUCCUCCGGCCUCGGGGAGGGAAAAGGGAUGAGAAACUGUGGCGGCGAGGAGCCAUCGUGACCGUCCUGCCGCUGCUCUCGGGCCUUCGCGGCCCCUGUGCCUCCGGGGAGCUGCCGGGGCUCGCAAGCGCCUGACGCGUCCCGAGUCACUCAGAAAUAAUGUUGAUAUUUGGAACCCAUGUCGAACUUCUCUGAAGAAAGGGCAACGAUGAUUGCAGCCGGGGAUUUGCAGGAAUUCGUUCCUUUUGGCCGAGAGCACUGCAAGCACCACCCUAAUGCUCUGAACCUGCAGCUUCGUCAGCUGCAGCCAGCCUCUGAGUUAUGGUCUUCUGAUGGUGCCGCUGGCCUGGUGGGAUCUCUUCAGGAGGUUACAAUCCAUGAGAAACAGAAGGAAAGCUGGCAGUUAAGAAAAGGUGUGAGUGAGAUUGGAGAUGCAGCCGACUAUGAUGAAGAGCUCUACGUGGCUGGGAACAUGGUUAUCUGGAGCAAAGGGAGUAAAAGCCAGGCGCUGGCCGUGUACAAAGCGUUCACAGUGGAUAGCACUGUCCAGCAGGCAUUAUGGUGUGACUUCAUUAUAUCACAGGAUAAGUCUGAAAAGAUCUAUAAGAGUCAUGAACUAGAGAAAUGCAUCUGUAUAUUACAGAGCUCAUGUAUGAACAUGCAUAGCACAGACGGGAAGGAUUAUAUAGCUUCCUUACCAUUCCAGGUGGCAAACGUUUGGGCCACUAAAUAUGGUUUGCUGUUUGAACGAAGCAGUUCUUCACAUGAGGUGCCUCCAAGUCUACCUAGAGAACCUUUGCCUACUAUGUUCAGCAUGCUGCACCCACUAGAUGAAAUAACUCCACUUGUUUGUAAAUCCGGAAGUCUUUUUGGCUCAUCUCGGGUGCAGUAUGUUGUAGAUCCAGCAGUGAAAAUAGUGUUUCUGAACAUUGACCCCUCCAUUGUAAUGACCUACGAUGCUGCUCAGAAUGUGCACUCCGUGUGGACUCUCCGGAGGGUGAAGCCAGAGGAAGAGAAUGCUGUUUUAAAGUUCCCUGAGCAGGCAGGGACCCUGCAGAACGCAGCCACUAGCAGCUCCCUGACAGCACACCUCAGAAGCCUCUCUAAGGGCGAGUCCCCGGUGGCCUCGCCAUUCCAGAAUUACUCUUCCAUUCACAGCCAGAGUCGCUCGGCCUCCUCACCUAGUCUGCACGCUCGGUCGCCUUCCAUUUCCAACAUGGCGGCUCUAAGUCGUGCUCACUCUCCUGCCCUAGGUGUGCACUCUUUCUCAGGGGUGCAAAGAUUCAACCUUUCAAGCCACAAUCAGUCACCAAAGAGACACAGCAUUUCUCACUCUCCAAGUGGCAGUUUCAACGACUCAUUUUUGGCACCAGAAACAGAGCCAAUUAUUCCUGAGCUGUGCAUUGACCACUUAUGGACUGAGACACUUCCAAAUAUAAGAGAGAAAAAUUCUCAAGCCUCCAAGGUAUUUAUAACGGUUGACCUGUGUGGACAGAAGUUCUUGUGCUUCUUAGUGGAAGCCCAGCUUCAGUUACGCUGUGUAAAGUUUCAAGAGAGUAAUGACAAGACCCAGCUUAUCUUUGGCUCUGUUACCAACAUACAUGCAAAAGACGCAGCCCCAGUGGAGAAGAUACACACCAUGCUGGUGUUGGAAGGCAAUGGGAACCUGGUGCUGUACACAGGAGUGGUCCGGGUGGGGAAAGUUUUUAUUCCUGGACUUCCAGCUCCUUCCCUGACAAUGUCCAACAUGAUGCCUCGGCCCAGCACCCCGCUCGAUGGUGUUAGUACUCCGAAGCCUCUCAGUAAAUUACUUGGAUCAAUGGAUGAGGUGGUUCUAUUGUCUCCAGUUCCAGAACUGAGGGAUUCUUCAAAACUUAGUGAUUCUCUCUACAAUGAGGAUUGCACAUUCCAGCAGCUUGGAACUUACAUUCAUUCUGUGCGAGACCCUGUUCAUAACAGAGUCACUCUCGAACUGAGCAAUGGCUCCAUGGUCAGGAUCACUAUCCCUGAAGUUGCCACCUCGGAACUGGUGCAGACGUGCCUGCAAGCAAUUAAGUUCGUCCUGCCAAAAGAAGUAGCGAUCCAGGUACUCGUCAAGUGGUACAACGUGCACAGCGCUCCAGGAGGACCCAGCUGCCACUCAGAAUGGAGUUUAUUUGUGAUUUGUCUCUUGAACAUGAUGGGUUAUAACACAGACCGCUUAGCAUGGACCCGAAGUGUUGACUUUGAAGGAUCACUUUCCCCAGUCAUUGCUCCCAAGAAAGCAAGACCUUCUGAAACCGGAUCUGACGACGACUGGGAAUACUUACUGAAUUCAGAGUACCAUCACAAUGUUGAGUCUCAUCUUUUGAACAAAUCUCUAUGUUUGACUGCUUUGGAAGUUUCCAAGGCAAAAGAUGAAGAUUUUUCGCAGAACCUUACGCUGGAUUCUUCUACUCUUCUCUUUGCUCACAUUCCUGCAAUUUUCUUUGUUCUUCACCUGGUUUAUGAAGAGCUCAAGUUGAAUACUCUAAUGGGAGAAGGAAUUUGUUCUCUUAUUGACCUCCUUGUUCAGUUGGCAAGGGACUUAAAAUUGGAGCCUUACUUGGACCAUUACUACAGAGAUUACCCAACUCUUGUCAAAACCACUGGACAAGUGUGCACCAUUGACCAAGGUCAGAUGGGAUUUAUGCAUCAUCCCUCAUUUUUUACUUCUGAGCCUCCAAGUAUUUAUCAGUGGGUGAGUUCAUGCAUGAUGGGUGAAGGGAUGCCGCCCUACCCUUACCUUCCUGGGAUCUGCGAGAGGAGCAGGCUGGUGGUCUUGAGUAUUGCCCUCUACACCCUUGGUGAUGAGAGUUGUAUUUCUGAUGAAACUUCCCAGUAUUUAUCCAAAGUAACCUUAACUCCCCAAAAGCCACAAGCAGAGCAAGAAGAAAACAGGUUUACUGUCCAGCAUUCUGCUUCAGUUUCAACUCUGGCUGAGAAAUUAGUUGUCUGGAUGGCCAGUGUAGGAUUUACUUUAAGAGAUCUGGAGACUCUUCCCUUUGGGAUUGCUCUUCCCAUCAGAGAUGCGAUCUACCACUGUCGGGAGCAGCCUGAUUCAGAUUGGUCAGAAGCUGUCUGUCUCUUGAUUGGACGUCAGGACCUUUCCAAGCAGGCUUGUGAAGGAAAUUUACCCAGAGGCAAAUCUGUACUCUCAUCAGAAGUAUCUUCAGGAACUGAGGCAGAGGAGGAAGAUGAUGGCAUGAAUGACUUGAACCAUGAGGUUAUGUCAUUAAUAUGGAGUGAAGAUUUACGGGUGCAGGAUGUGCGAAGGCUGCUUCAAAGUGCACAGCCUGUCCGUGUCAAUGUGGUGCAGUACCCAGAACUCAGUGACCAUGAGUUCAUUGAAGAAAAAGAAAAUAGACUGCUCCAGUUGUGUCAGAGAACUAUGGCUCUCCCAGUGGGACGAGGAAUGUUUACCUUGUUCUCAUAUCAUCCUGUUCCGACAGAGCCAUUGCCUAUUCCUAAACUGAAUCUGACAGGGCGAGCCCCUCCACGAAACACAACUGUAGAUCUUAACAGUGGAAACAUCGACGUGCCUCCGAACAUGGCAAGUUGGGCCAGCUUUCAUAAUGGUGUGGCUGCUGGCCUGAAGAUAGCCCCGGCCUCCCAGAUAGACUCAGCCUGGAUUGUUUACAACAAGCCAAAGCAUGCAGAGUUAGCCAACGAGUAUGCCGGCUUUCUCAUGGCCCUGGGUCUGAACGGGCACCUUACCAAGCUGGCUACUCUCAAUAUCCAUGACUACUUGACCAAGGGCCAUGAAAUGACAAGCAUUGGAUUGCUACUUGGUGUUUCUGCUGCAAAACUUGGCACCAUGGACAUGUCAAUUACCCGACUUCUUAGCAUUCACGUUCCUGCUCUCUUACCCCCGACAUCCACAGAGCUUGACGUGCCUCACAAUGUCCAAGUGGCGGCUGUGGUUGGCAUUGGCCUUGUUUAUCAGGGCACAGCUCACAGACACACUGCGGAAGUCCUCUUGGCUGAAAUAGGGCGGCCCCCUGGUCCAGAAAUGGAAUACUGCACCGACAGAGAGUCUUACUCCUUAGCUGCUGGCCUGGCCCUAGGCAUGGUUUGCUUGGGGCAUGGCAGCAAUUUGAUUGGCAUGUCUGAUCUCAAUGUGCCUGAGCAGCUGUAUCAGUACAUGGUCGGAGGUCAUAGGCGUUUUCAAACUGGAAUGCACAGGGAGAAACAUAAGUCUCCAAGUUACCAGAUCAAAGAAGGAGAUACCAUAAAUGUGGACGUGACUUGUCCAGGUGCUACUCUGGCUUUGGCUAUGAUCUACUUAAAAACCAAUAACAGAUCCAUUGCCGAUUGGCUGCGAGCUCCUGAUACCAUGUAUCUGCUAGACUUUGUGAAACCAGAAUUCCUCUUGCUUAGGACACUUGCACGGUGCCUGAUUUUGUGGGAUGAUAUUUUACCAAAUUCCAAGUGGGUUGACAGCAAUGUUCCUCAGAUUAUAAGAGAAAAUAGUAUCUCUCUGAGUGAAAUUGAAUUGCCUUGUUCAGAGGACUUGAAUUUGGAAACCUUGUCGCAAGCACACGUCUACAUAAUCGCAGGAGCCUGCUUGUCUCUGGGUUUUCGAUUUGCUGGCUCAGAGAACUUAUCAGCCUUUAACUGUCUGCAUAAAUUUGCUAAAGAUUUUAUGAAUUAUUUAUCUGCACCCAAUGCUUCUGUAACUGGGCCCUAUAACCUCGAAACCUGCCUAAGUGUUGUCCUGCUGUCUCUUGCCAUGGUGAUGGCUGGCUCUGGGAACCUGAAGGUGUUGCAGCUUUGUCGCUUCCUGCAUAUGAAGACAGGCGGGGAGAUGAACUAUGGCUUCCACUUGGCCCACCACAUGGCCCUAGGCCUUCUCUUUUUGGGAGGAGGAAGGUACUCUCUGAGCACAUCCAACUCAUCCAUUGCCGCCCUUCUCUGCGCCCUUUACCCACAUUUCCCAGCCCACAGCACUGACAACCGGUAUCAUCUCCAGGCCCUUCGGCACCUCUAUGUGCUAGCUGCAGAACCAAGGCUCCUGGUACCUGUGGAUGUGGAUACAAACACUCCCUGCUAUGCCCUUAUAGAAGUUACUUACAAGGGCACUCAGUGGUAUGAACAGACCAAAGAAGAACUGAUGGCUCCAACCCUUCUUCCAGAACUUCAUCUUUUAAAGCAGAUGAAAGUUAAAGGGCCAAGAUACUGGGAACUGCUUAUAGAUUUAAGUAAGGGAGAACAGCACUUGAGGUCCAUUCUUUCCAAGGAUGGAGUUUUAUAUGUAAAGCUCAGGGCAGGCCAGCUCUCCUACAAAGAAGACCCAAUGGGGUGGCAGAGUUUAUUGGCACAGACUGUUGCUAACAGGAACUCUGAAGCCCGGGCUUUCAAGCCAGAAACAAUUUCAUCAUUCACUUCUGAUCCAGCACUUCUGUCGUUUGCUGAAUAUUUCUGCAAGCCAACUGUGAGCAUGGGUCCAAAACAGGAGAUUCUGGACCUGUUUUCUUCAAUACUUUAUGAGUGUGUUGCUCAGGAAACCCCAGAGAUGUUGCCUGCCUAUAUAGCAAUGGAUCAGGCUCUAAGAAGUCUUAAAAAGAGAGACAUGUCAGACACAUCUGAUCUUUGGCAGAUAAAGUUGAUCUUAGAGUUUUUCAGUUCACGAGGCCACCAAGAAAGGCAGCAAACCUAUCCUAAGCGAGGGCUCUUUAUAAACUCCGAGUUCCUGCCUGUGGUGAAGUGCACUGUUGAUGACACCCUGGACCAGUGGCUACAAGCCGGGGGUGAUGUGUGUGUGCACGCCUACCUUAGUGGGCAGCCCGUUGAGAAGUCUCAGCUAAGCAUGCUCGCCUGCUUCCUCGUCUACCACUCUGUGCCAGCACCACGACACUUGCCACCCAUGGGUCUGGAAGGGAACACAAGCUUUGCUGAACUCCUCUACAGGUUCAGACACCUGAAGAUACCAGUCCGAGCUUUGCUAAGACUGGCUCCUGUGCUGCGUGGGAAUCCACAGCCGAUGGUUAUGUGAUCACCCCUGGUGGUAAACCCACCCCCAAAAAAACGACUGCCGCACAGAAUCCUGAUGGCAGCAAAGUUAAGGCAGCAUUUCUGUUUUGUGACCAAUGGAACUCAGAUGCAUACACCUCACUGUGUUUAAAAUCCAUGUUGAAAAUACUACAGAUAACGCUGGUGCUGUCCACAUGUCAUAUGAUGUAUAAAAUGUCAGUCAGAACUCACUUUUGCAAAUAAAUAUUUUUGGUUUGUUUUCAAAACUAUUGAUGAUUACUUUGGACUUCAGAGAAUAGAUCGACAGGCUGAGUUUUGAAGCCUUUGAACUUCAUUGGUUCAGGUUCUAUACUCAGAAGGGCAAGGCUUAAAAAGCCACAUCGUGAGAGUGGACUUUCUGCUACCACAGGGGAGUUUCUUUGUUGUCUCUUCUUAUCUUCUCUACAAUGAGUCUGUGCUUCCCGUGGGGGAUGAUGUCAUUACUGUGAGCAGAUUUCUAUUGAAUGAAGAAUUGCUCAGCAUGGAGUUGGAGCAACUACGCCCAAGCCCUGCCCUUGGUGCAGCUGUGGAGGCUGCAGCUCUUUGGAGGUAGCCAAGGCUAAAGGACACUCUAAGGGUGAUUCCCUAUUUGGUAGAUUCGAUGGCCUUUCAGAAGAGGAAAGAGAUGAUUUUUCUCUGUACCAUGUGAGAACUCAUAGCACAACUGCCCACAAGCCAAGAAGAUGCCCUUGUGAGGAACCAGUCAGACAGUCUUGGACUUCAGCACCUAAAAGUAUAAGAAAGAAAUUCCUGAUGCCUAAGCCAUCUUGUCGGGUACUUGGGUUUUGUAGCCUGUGCAGGUUAGUGCAUGGCACCUACUCAAAAUACCUAAAAUACAGAAUUUCCCCACAGGGGAGUGUCAAGAGGAAGUCAGCCUGUCUGAACUAAAGGUCUGGAAAGUGCUUUUGUAUUCUGAGUUUCAGGACAGCUUAUGAUGCCCCAUGUGCAGGAAGAACGCUUCUUCCACUCCAUUUCAACCUGUGCUCACAGCUUUCUCUCAGACCAGUGGGACUGUAAACAAGUAGGAACUUCAAAAUGCCUACUCAGUGAUUUCCUGCUUAUUUCUGAAAAAAAAAAAAAUAGAAAUUGCUCCACUGGGAUUUGGUAAUGUCCAUCUGCCUGCCUGCCAGCCUGCUGCAAGAUAAUUUGUGGCUGACUUUGAGGGCAAAAUUUGCUUUCCUUCACUCUCAGAUUAAGGAUUGCAAUUAAAUGGCAGGUGGUAGUGAACAUUCAAUUUGCAUCAAUAUUGAAUCUAGUGUCCAAGUUAUUUUUCACUUUCAAUUGUUAAUGGUUGCCAUGGGAGGAUGUGAAAAAAGGACUGAAAUCAGUGGAAACCACAUUGACGGGCCUGUUGGUCAGCUGGACGGGCACCAAGAAGAGACUCUAGUGCUCUUGAGUCAGCAUGUUAGGAUCAUCAGAUAAACUAUUAUAUUUACUAGUCUCCAAAUCAUCCUGUGGGAACCAGUCCUCCCAUACACAGCUGCCAGCCUCCUGGGAACCACGUUAAGGGAAGAACCAGAGAAACACCUGAAGUGUUCUAGUGUCAGAAGUGGCAUUUGUGACUGCAAAGGAAGGCUGAUUACCCAGGACAUUGCUUCACCUCCGAUAUGUGUGGAGUGGAGACACAAGGUGUACCUGCUUAGACUUUAGGUACUGUCCAACAGACAGACAAUUGAGUGGCGUGCUCAGAUUCUUCCCCAAAGGGUACUGAUGUCUGUGCUCCUCCCUCAAGGUGUGAUGUGGGAGCAAAGGCAAACUGAGCUCACAUGCCAAGCUUCAGGUACACUGCUCCAUCAUAGUCUUCAACAUUCUGGGCUCUACCCAAUCUGCUACACCCUACCCUGCUCUGGUCUGCUGCUGCCUGCAUGGAUUCUGAGUCCAAGAGAAUCAAACAACUCCUCAAUGUGAACUGAAAGGACUCGCUUUGGCAGAGUUAUGGACACGCUGCAAAGCAGUUGGGCAUCUUUGCAAUCCCAUGGGCUUUUGUGUGUUUUCUUGAUGUUUCUCCCAUUGACUUAGUCUAUCGCUAUUGAUCACACCAUAUAGAGCAUCUUGUUUAAGCCUUCGUCUUUUAGCUAAGAACACUUCUUUGGUAAACUUUUAAUACUGCAAUCUUUCUCCUUUAGAAUAUUUUGGAGUGUACUUUUAAGACUUUUUUUUUUCCUUGAAACAUUCGUAUCAGAAUUUUAAAACAGGAAUUUCAUAAUAAAUUUAGUAAGAUUUAUAGGCACUUGCCAGAUCUUAAUUCCUGUUCUUUUAUACUCCAAUGCUUAGAUGAGCUGUUAGCUUUUCUCUGUAGCUAAUGGAUGUCUCAAGUCUCUGCCUGUGGGGCUGCAGACCAUGUUUUAAGAACUCAAGACAUAUUGGGUCAUGCUGUCAUGGUCACCUCAUAGGUGGAGGGCGGGUAAAACAAGGACAAAAGCCAGAACCUAGUAUUCCUGGUGUGACAUGGUGAUUUCGUUCUGAUUGAAACAUCCUUCCAGGAAGGAGGAGGGGAGGCUCAAGGCACUAAAUAAACAUCACGUGCCUCAGAGAGCUGAAGCUUCAGAGUCACAAAGUGCUUCCCCAAGGCUGUAGAAAUGGAACUGUAUGGAAUAGGACAGAAAGGGACAGGUUGACUGUUACUAGCAGAGCUCCCCAGAGGAGGUGUGGCCGCCUAGGAGAGGAGAUUGCCUGACUAGUCAAGCAGCCUGCAAGUUGUGUAGAGUUGUUACCCAUGUUGAGGUGGACUUUGGUGAUAUAGCUGCUUUUGAGUCGUUCCUGCUUCUGGAACAACACAAACCCCUACUCUUACAAGUGACCCCAAUAAACUCAUUAUAUUGCUAA